AAAGGCCGGAGGAAAAAAAACACACGAGACCGAGCUGGAAAGGGGAUCGGCGACGGCGAGUCACCGCCAUGCCGCACGAGAACGUGACGUGAGGGCCGCCGUCGCCGAGCCCGUCCAAUCCCAACGCGCGCCCCACACGGCCACAUCGCCCGCCCUCCACCGUAGGCGAGCCCAUCCACCCGUGGCCCGACGCAUGCAGCAGCUGCUGCAGCUACCGCGGGCCCUUAAAAAGCAGCGCACAUGAUUCCAUCAACGCCGCAACAGCAGCAGCAUCUAGCGAGAUCCCAUCACCACCCCACCUUCUGCAAGCUGAGCUCUGCAAGGCGUCGCGGUGUUCGGCGGUUGCGCUGAGGAGGGGGGCUUGUGAAUUGUGACGGGCUGGUAGCCGCCAUGCUCGUGAGGAGCGCCUCCACGCCUGUCCUCGGCGCGCUCCUCCCGCCGGGCUGCCACUCGCCGGCUGUCACCUCCCCGGCCGUCCACUUCGCCGAGUCGCCGGCGGCGGCCUACCACCCGCCGGCCAUCUCCUGCCACCUCGCCGGCUCCGGAUCCGACCACGAGCGCUCGCGCGGGCUCGGUCCCGGCAUGCGCCGCACCAGCUCGGAGGGCAACCUCGACUCCCUGGCCGGCCGCGCGGACGACCCCCACCUCCUCCCGCCGUCCGGCAAGUGCGUGCCGCGGGCGCGGCAUGUGCCGCUCGAGACCAUCCAGUCGUUCACGGACCGGCGGGCGUCCACGGACGACGAAGACGAGGAGGAGGACGACAACGACGAUUUCGAGGCGGACCGCGAGAUGAGCUUCGGGCAGUUCAGCUUUCUCGCCGGCGGCGGCAGCACGUACUCGCAGGAGCACCCGCUGUUCCUGGCCAGGGGCCUCGGGAUCGACCGCCUCGGCUCGGGCCUCCUGGGCGCCGACGGCGGCGGCGGCGGCUUCGGCGGCAGCGACGGCGGUGGCAGCAACCUGGUCACGUCUGGCAACGGAGGGGACCGCUCCGGCAUCGAGAUGCAUUACAAGAAGAUGAUCGAGGAGAACCCCUGCAACGGCCUCUUCUUGAGGAACUACGCGCAGUUCCUGUACCAGGUGAAAGGGGAUUACUGGAGGGCAGAGGAGUACUACUCCCGCGCAAUCCUCGCCGACCCGGACGACGGCGAGCUCCUGUCGGAGUACGCCAAGCUGGUUUGGGACGUGCACCGCGACGAGGAGCGCGCCUCCAGCUACUUCGACCGGGCAGCCAAGGCUUCCCCGGAGAACAGCCAUGUCCUCGCCGCGCACGCCGCGUUCCUGUGGGACACGGAGGACGCCGACGAGCCUGAAGACAGCGGCAGCUGCGCGCUUGGGUACGCGGGGUUUGCUCCCGCGCAUUCCUCUCUGGCUUCGGCAACAAUAUGAUUUGAACAGCCUCUCUAUCUGUCCCUGGAUGAAGCUAGCAUAGUACAGUGCUAGUUUGUGUUCGUUUCAGUAGUAGCUUGAUAAUAAUAAUAAAAGAUAAUAAUACUAGUGAACAUAGGCUGGUGCAGGUGCAGCCUGUGUGUACUUGUUUACCUUUCAACAAUGAGCAAGCAGAUCCCAGAUUUCUGCUAAACUUCUGUAUCCUUAAGUGACGAUGCAGAGCUAGCCUGCUGCUAUAUAUAGAACUAGUUCAGUUGUUCUAGUCGAA